GCCCACAAGAUGGCGGCGCUGCUCGGCCGGCGCUGCUGCGGCGCUGCGGCCGUGGCGCUGUGGAGGGCCCAGCGCCGGCAGCGCAGCACGUUCGACGUGGCGGUGGUCGGUGCGGGAAUCGUGGGGCUGGCCGCCGCCCGGCAGCUCGUCCUGAGGCACCCCGCGCUCGGCUUCGCCGUGCUGGAGAAGGAGCGGCAGCUAGCUCAUCACCAGAGUGGACAUAACAGCGGUGUAAUUCACAGUGGCAUUUACUACACUCCUGGAUCCCUGAAAGCCAAGCUAUGUGUACAAGGUGCAGCUCUCUGCUAUGAGUACUGUGACCGGAAGGGAAUACCAUAUAAGCAGUGUGGGAAGCUAAUUGUAGCUGUUGAACAAGAUGAAAUUCCAAGACUCAAAGCUCUGUAUGAAAGAGGGCUGCAGAACAACGUCCGAGGUCUGAAAUUGAUUGGAGCAAAAGAAAUACAGGCAAAAGAACCCUUCUGCAGGGGUCUGAUGGCCCUUGAUUCUCCAUAUACUGGCAUUGUGGAUUACAGACAAGUGGCUCAGUCCUAUGCUGAAGACUUCCAGGAAGCAGGUGGGACAAUCUUGACUGAUUUUGAAGUUACGGACAUGGAGAUGGCUAAAGAAAGUUCUUCAGGAAGUGAAGAUGGACUGCAGUACCCAGUCGUCGUUAGGAGCUCUAAGGGUGAGGAAAUCUACUGUCGGCACAUAGUGACCUGUGCAGGACUUUACUCAGACCGCCUGUCUGAAAUCAGUGGCUGCAGCCCUGAACCUCGUAUUGUACCCUUCCGUGGAGAUUACUUGGUGCUAAAACCAGAGAAGUGCUAUAUGGUUAAAGGCAACAUUUAUCCGGUUCCCAAUCCUCGCUUCCCUUUCCUGGGGUUUCAUUUCACGCCAAGAAUGGAUGGCAGUGUUUGGCUCGGUCCGAAUGCAGUGCUGGCCUUUAAGAGAGAGGGAUACAAGCUGUUUGACUUCAGUGCUACGGACUUUUUAGAUGCUGUACUGUACAGUGGGUUAUGGAAACUUGUCCUGAAAAACUUAUCAUAUGGCCUGAGUGAAAUGUACAGAGCGUGUUUCCUCAGUGCACAGGUGGAGGAACUUCAGAAGUUCAUCCCAGAGGUCACCGUCAAUGACGUUCUCAGGGGUCCAUCUGGAGUGAGGGCACAAGCGUUGGACAGCGAUGGCAAUUUGGUAGAUGACUUUGUAUUUGAUGGUGGCACUGGAGAUCUUGGAAGCAGAAUUCUCCAUGUCAGAAAUGCCCCUUCUCCUGCUGCCACCUCCUCCCUUGCCAUUGCAGAAAUGAUUGCUGAUGAAGUGAAGCAAAGAUUUGAGUUGUGAACGCCUGCCAGGUGCAAGGCUGUUUUACCCCUCUUGUAUGUGUAGCAGCUUGUCUGAACUCUGCAGCCUUUAAUGACGAAGAUAAAACAGGCAGCAUGUUGCUGGUACAAGAUGUGAAGUGCAAAAACAGCACUUGAAAUGUUUGCCAGCCCACAGCUUGUCAGCUUCCUGAGUAAAGGGUGUUUGGUGCCAGGCAAGACCUGGUAUGGUGCUCCCAUCUGCAAGAACCAAGCAAAUGGACCGCUCACAGUGAGGGCUUGUCUGCAGGCUCAGCUGGAGCAGCCUGUGGAGGGGCUGGUGCUUGGCACAGGCCAGCACUCACCAGGAGCACUGGCCUCCCACCAGGCCAGCAGUAGGUGGGGAAGGAAGAGUCUCUGUGGUUGGGUUACCCGCCUCUGAAGAACCCCAGGCACCAGCUGGUUCUGUGCACUGUCUCUCUUGUCUCUUUAAAUUGGCUUGGAGUCAUCAGACCCCUAACUUAUGUUAAAAUAAUGGAGAUAGAAGGAUAAACCCUGCUUAAGGGUUCUUCUGCAGAUACAGAAUUAAAGGCUUUAUCAGAGACUGAAAACCAUAUUCAGAGCUAUGUACUUAAAUGUAGAGUAUUUCAGAGAGAAAUAAGCCUGGCAAGAGAUUACCAAACCCAAGUCAAUUUCGACUGUGAAUCUGAAUUGCAUCUUUAUCAUAUCUAUUUUAGUACAGAGCUGAAAUUAAAAUGUAUACAGAAAAAGCCGUUUUUCAUUUGGCUUCGAUCUGGGAAGCCAUCAUGAAUCAGGAACUACUGUGACGGUUUGAGUUGUUGGGUAUUUUUCUCAUUUAUCUUUACCCUUUGAAUACUGGCAGGACAAAAGAAGCCUAUCUUUGUACAGCAUGUUGAGCAAUCCAGUGGAAAUGGUCUUUGUUAAAGCAGAUGUGCAGGGAGGGAAGCUACAGAAACCUGUCUUAACUGAGUCAUGUUGCAUACUGCUUCCCUUGGAGCCCAAGCAGCGGUGAGUCAGGAAGGUUUCCCAUUUCCCUCCUGGCUGCAGGAGUGGAGCUCACUCUUACUGGUGUAUGAAGCUGUAUCAAAAGGUGCACCCAGAAGAGAACCCACGUGGAGAACAUGCUGUAGAACACAGUGAGAUGUGAAACAAGUUCUGAGUUAACUGAGCAUCUCGGUGCGCUCUGCGUAAUUGCUGCAAGGAGAAAUACAUGGCCUCAGGGGCAAAGCACUUCAGAAUAUUCUUAAAGCAGAUGUUCACAGGAUGUUGGGUAACACAGAUAAUUGUGGGUAGUUUGCUACCAGGCAAUUUGCCAUGUGCUUUUUUUUUUUUUCCCUUAAUGUUGCUUUCUGUAGUUCUCUGCCAUGCACGAAGGAGGUCAGGUAUGCAGAUAAUGAGCCCAUUGAAGAAAAGUUCUUUACUGUGAGAGUGGUGAGGUGCUGGAACAGCUGCCCAGAGAGGCUGUGGAUGCCCCGUCCAUCCCUGGAGGUGUUCAAGGCCAGGUUGGAUGGGGCCCUGGGCAGCCUGGGCUGGGAUUACAUGUGGAGGUUGGUGGCCCUGCCUGUGGGGGGGGUUGGAGCUUCAUGGUCCUUGAGGUCCCUUCCAACCCGGGCCAUUGUGUGGUUCUAUGAAAAGCUCUCACCUGUAUUCCUGCCCACAGUAGCACCUGAUGAAGAUUCCCAUGCUCCAAAUGCUGUAACGCUGUACAGUGGUAUCUCACAACGGAACAACCGUAUCUCCGCUCCCCUCCAGAAGUGUUGCCAAUCAACAGUAAAUACUACAAAAAGAUUGCAAAAGCGACUUCCUCCUACACGAGGUGUGGCCCUGACAUGUAUUAACAGAACAAGAGCACUACCAUGUGAAGCAGUCAUAUACCACGGUGAGUCUUAGUGCAUUUAACAUGCACCCCGCUGUGCUUUUUACUCUCAGGAGAUGGUAGCAUUGAACCGAAGCUUCCAAAUUACACAGCAGAAGAUUUGUAUUUUUAAAGCUUGCUAUAAACCUUUUGUAAAGGAGUAAUUCUGUGAACGAUGACAAUGAGACUUAACGCAUCACUCGUGUGCUGCCCACAAGGUGUGAAAAUGUAUGGAUAUAUGUAUUUUUAAAGGGUCCCGUUCACUUGGGUGGCUCAAUCAGUCUCCCUUCUCUAUUGUCAUUAAAAGAGUGUAUUUUUCCAAAACAA